AUGGAUGUUGCUGGAAGCACAACCAAGAUUGCUGCUGUGGGAUUCAUACCAGACAUUCCCACUGAUGAAGUUCAAGUUCUCCCAGUGACUAGAACUUCUGAGGGAAACUCUACCGCGGCCACCAUUCUAGCUCUUAAGGCCAUUCCUGAGGUUGUUAUUACUGAAGCCUCGGACGCAGCCCCUACUGAUCAACCAACAACUGAUGCAGAAAAGGCUGCCACUGAAACUGGAACUUCUGAGGUAGAGAAAACUGAAUCUACUGUCGCUGCUUCAACUGAAGAAGUUCCUGCUCCAGCUCCAAGUGAACCAAAAAAGGAUGUAGCUCAGAAAGUUGAUGUUGAUGUUGCAGUCGAGCCCCAACAAUCGACUGAAGCUACAACGUUUCCAGCACCAACUGAACCUGCGAAUGAUGUUGUUGUAACUGAAUCUCAAGCUCCUGCAACUGAUCAAGCUGCUACUGAAGCAACCACUCAAGAACCAGUCAAGCCGCAUGAUACAACUAAAGUAACACCUACUCCAGCUCCAACAACUACUUUUACUUCAGCAUCUACUAAAGUCGGACCCUCCUCUCAACCGCAGAAGCCUAUUCCAAUAGUGGAGAUCGCAAGGCCACCCAUCAGGAAAUAUGAUUCUGAUGAAGAAAUUGAUGCUCGCCUGAAUGUAUGGAAAUGA